AUGUUCAAGUUGAUUUUGCGGCCGACCGUGAGGAGGGAUCCCCCCGAUGACGGUGUCGAGUUGAGGGUGACGGAGGACGAUGCGUCGAGCAAGGGCGCGAAGCGGAAGAGGGCCCCUCCCACAAAGGGGCCAUGCGAGCACGGUCGUGUACGCUCUAAGUGCAAGGAGUGCGGUGGGGGCUCAAUCUGUGAGCACGGUCGUGAGCGCCACAGGUGCAAGGAGUGCGGUGGGGGCUCAAUCUGCGAGCACGGUCGUCGCCGCUCUAGGUGCAACGAGUGCGGUGGUGCAUCAAUCUGCGAGCACGGUCGUCGGCGCUCUGAGUGCAAGGAGUGCGGUGGGUCUCAAAUCUGCGAACUUGGUCGUGUACGCUCUACAUGUAAGGAGUGCGGUGGGUCUCAAAUCUGCGAGCACGGUCGUAUACGCUAUCAGUGCAAGGAGUGCGGUGGGGCCUCGAUCUGCGAGCACGGUCGUCAGCGCUCUCAGUGCAAGGAGUGCGGCGGGGCAUCGAUCUGCGAGCACGGUCGUCAGCGCUAUUAUUGCAAGGAUUGCAGUGGGUCUGGAAUCUGCGAGCACGGUCGUGAGCGCAAACAGUGCAAAGAUUGCGGUGGCUCUCAAAUCUGCGAGCACGGUCGUGGGCGCUCUAAGUGCAAGGAGUGCGGUGGUGCAUCAAUCUGCGAGCAGGUCGUCAGCGCAAACAGUGCAAGGAGUGCGUGCAAGGAGUGUCGCGCCGCAAAGGCUGGAACGAGGUGA